CCCAGUCAACAAGUGCAUCUAAUUGGUCAAAAGAUGAAAGAUCUCAGCGUGAACUGUUCAACCAUGCAAUGGAUAUCCUAUCAAGUGGAGAUUACCCUCCUUUAAAGUGCCAGGUAUCUCAGAAGUUGGACCAGUUGCAGUACUCUACAAGGAAGUUUUACAUACGCCAAGCACGUUUAGCAAUUGAGCUUGUUUGUGAGAGUAUUGCACCAUGCCAAGGUACAGAGUUGAUGCUUCAAGUUUUUGACAGCAUUCCAAAGGAAAAACCAAAACAAAGUGAUGCAGUUACCGAAGCAGUUAUUUCUGCUUACAUGAAGGCAGAGGACCAUACUACAAAAGUGCAGAUUUUAUCAAUAAUUGUUGGACAGUAUACCAAAUCAGAACUCUUGUCUCUUGUUGAUGGGUUAACUCUGUACAAGAUUGAUGCUGCAAGAAAAUAUGCUGCAACCCAUGGACCUGGGCAGUACAUUACGCCACCAAAGAUCACAAGAGUACGUAUACCAAAGGAGAAGAUACAUCACUUCAUUCAGUUUAUUUCAUCUCCAGCUUACCUGCAAGUUGUUGGAUUUGGAUCAAGACACUUGAAAUUAUCAUCAGGCCUAAGUGUAAAAAUUCCAAAAGUGAUACGAACUAUGAUAGCUUCUCGACUCAUCACAGCAUAUAAUUCCUAUUGCAAAGAAAACUCAAUCCUUCCUCCAUCAAGAGCAACCCUUUAUAAAAUCAUCAAAGCAUGCCCUGCCUCUCAACUGAAGUCUCUGCAUGGGUUGGAUAACUACAUCAGUGAUGGAAUGGAUGGUAUUGAUACUUUGAACAAAUUGAUAUCCACUCUUGCUAUGAAGGGUCUUCCAGAGAGCAAAGUUACUGAAAUCCAGAAAAUGCUAGAAACAUUGAAGGUACAUCUGAAGAAUGAGUUCAAAAGUCACAUCUCCCCUUCCAGUGACUGCAUUCAACACUGUACACAGUUUGCAUUGUCCGAAAAAGAAUGUGAUCAUUUGCAUAAUACUAGCUGCCAGUUAUGUGAAACUAUGUAUCAUAUGAAAUUGGAAAUUGGUGAUCUCAUAAAACAUACAACUUUUAUCAGCACUCAAGACAAAGAAGAAACAAACCAUGAUUUUGAGUUGGCAACAGAAAAGAUAUGGGCCUGGAGAGAUCAUUCAAUUAGAACAGUGAACCAGGAUCUGUGCAGAGAGAAUAUCAUUCAGAACCUACAGCUACAUGAAGUGAUGAUCAUUGCUGACUGGGCAAUGAAGUAUUUGCCACAAACUUUCCGUGAAACACAGAACGAGUGGUUUGGCAAGCAGGGUAUCAGCUGGCACAUGAUUUGUGGCAUUCUUUGUCAGGCACAGUCAACAACAGAAGACAAAGAAGACCAAAAGAACAUUGAGAUAAUUUCCAUAGUGCAUCUUGUGGAAGAAGGAAAGCAAGGAUGGCACUUAGUCAGUCAAAUUUUCAACAAUGCUUUCAAAGUGUUGAAGUCCAUCCAUCCACAUCUAAAGGAUGCAUACAUCAGAUCAGAUAAUGCGGGUUGUUACCAUUCCUUACCAAUGCUGUCCUAUCUCUGGAAAUUCCGCAAUGAAUUGCCAUUAGUUGUAAAGCAGUAUAAUUUCAGUGAAGCGCAAUCUGGCAAAGACUUGUGUGACUCACGAACAGGAUCUUGCAGGCUUCACAUGCUUAAUUACAUCAAUGAAGGCCAUGACAUCACAAACACUUUGCAAAUGAAGGAAGCACUUGAAAGUCAUGGUGGUGUUAGAAACACCUAUGUUUCCAUUGUUAGCCCAACAUCACAAAUUGAUACACAGCCAGUACUUUGUGGACAGUUGAAAAAUUUUCAGAUCUCAAAGUAUAACAAUUUCAGCUUUGAAGAUGAAGGACUUAAGGCUUACAAAGCUUAUGGGAUUGGAGGAGAGCUGAUAAAUGCAUCAGAUAUUUCCAGGAUUUCUGAGCAACUGUCAUUAGCAGAUGAAAAGUUGGUUUUUUCUGACCCAAAAAGACCAGAUUUCAAAGCAUCAUAUACCAGAGGAAGCACAAACAGAGACAAUUUUCCUUGUAUUGAACCAGAUUGUAUUAGGGUUUUUAAAAAAGAAAAUCAACUGAUUCAGCAUCUUGCUGUCGGUAAGCAUGUGUAUGAUGAUGAAAAUUUGGACAACCUGACAGACAGGAGCAUGCGAAUUUGGUCUUUCCAAUGCCAGGAACUGCAACUGAAUCAACCUUCAUCCUGCUACAGUGUGGAACUCUCUGAAUCUAAAUAUUUUGCUGAAUGCCCCGGAUAUGCAUUAAAAAAGAGAAAAAAAGCAGUCCGCUUCUCUCCAAAGGUAAAGAACUAUUUAUCAGUUUUAUAUUAUCAUGGAGAAGAGUCUGGAAAAAAGCCUAGUCCUUUUACAAUCUCCAAACAAAUGAGAUGUGAGACAGAUGUCGAUGGGAACUGUCUUUUUUCGCCAGCGGAAUGGCUUUCACAUCAACAGAUAAGAAGUUUCUUUGGAAGUUUAUGUCUGAAGAAGCAGAGAGAAGCUGAAAGAUCUGGAAAAUCCCAUGACAUAAAAAGAGAUGAAAAUCUUGAAGAGGAUGAAGACCUUCAAAAUGUUAUCAAUGAUUUGGUGGCAUAUGAGCAUCAGAGUAUACUAUCAAACACUGUAAACGAAUUAACAUUUUAA